UAUGUACACGUACUUGCCGUACAGCAAAGGUGGCUCCCAGAUGGUGAAGAUCGCCUUAUGGACACCAGCUCACGGUUUCAAACACCUCUCUUCUGUCUCCUUUUUCCAGGACAAAUUCCAAAAGUUUGUUGUUCCAAAUAACUGUUAAAAUCUAAAUAUUAAUUUUCUUAUUUCUCAUUAAUAUUUACUUUUAAUAACUUAUUCGCAGACUUUGAAUAUUGAGAAUUCUCAGAAAUCUUGCUCAUAGCGUUUUCGCUAAAUACUAUUGCAAUGGACGUUUUUAAAGUUUCUACGGUGCCAAGGUGAACGUGACAUCCGGACCCUUCAUGCCUUACUGGGACGAGGAAGAGGUGCUGGCCGCUGACGGUUCCAAGACAAUCGUGUACCGUGGCUCUGACUACCGCAUGGUGGAUGCUAUUGCCUCGGCUCUAAAUUUUACUGUCCGCGUCCUUCCGACGUCAUCGUGGACUGAGGUAACAAGACUGGUGGAGGAGAAGAUUUCACUGAUAUCUCCAAUUCUUCAUGGUAUCCUGCCUGAGCGCGUUGAAAAAUUUGACUUCACUUACUUAUAUGAGAAUGCAUAUUCGUCAUUUGGCAUGGCUAAACCCGGCCUGGAGCCUCGAUGGAAAAGCAUUUACUAUCCUCUGUCUACUGCAGUGUGGUCAGCAAUGGUUGGGCAUGUUGUCUUCUUGCCAUUCCUUUUGUGGCAGCUCAUUCGUGCAGGACAUGAUAGACACCUAAACGUGGGCGUGGGGGCAGUGUUCCAGGACAUGGUGGGGAUGCUGCUCGGCCAGAACCUUCCCCGCAGGCUGUCCUAUACCUCCUCCAGCAGGGUUCUGGUGGCUGCCUGGCUGGUGUUCGCCCUUAUUCUCGGGCUGGCCUACCGCGGCAACCUGACUGCCUCUCUCACCCUGCCCAAGUAUCCACCGCGCCCAGAGACACUCAAGGAAAUCGUCGACAGUGUUGACAUGUAAUGUGUGCCGGUAAUUGUUUUGUACGUUCAGGGCCGAAAAGAAAUUUAUCCUGCUUUAGAAGUACAAUAGAUAUUAAACAAA